AUGGGAGAGGGUUCGCCGACUCGAACUUCAAAGAUGAGCCGACUACCCGCGCCUUCUUCGUUGUCGAUGUCAAUAGGAGGAGGGGGCCUUACAGAAUGGAGCGAGUCGCAACACAAUGCUCGCAUUGCCUCUACAGCAAGCUCUUUAUCCGCUCUGAAGAACCUCAAGCGCGAGAUUCCUCAGCCAGCAUCGCAAUCCGAUCCCAAGCGCAAACCUCUUUCUGACCGCGCCCUCGAGUAUCCUUCAAAAGCGACCACAUAUGCCGGCGGUGCAGCGGCUGCACGAUCUAAUGUGCGGCCUCAAAGUCUAGCGGGCAUGUCUUCGGGGCUCAAGCAGCCCUCGACUACACAGUCUCGAUUCGGCGCGUCUACAUCGAUGGGCUUUAACAAGGCCACUCAAAACGGGCGUUACGGCACGACGACAGCGACGACAACUACCACCACCCGAGUCAAUGGAGUUAAUGGGCGCCCUACUCAUGCCCGAUCGAAGAGCCAAGCACCUCGCCCACGCACAGCACAUGCCAUCCGCGAAGAACAAAACGAGCCUCCAGCCAGUAAUGCAUGGGACGUCGAUGGCCGAGUUGUGGAUAUGGAGUCCCAGUUUAAGGAGCUCAAGGAGAUGGUGAACACCACUCUCAGCGAACGAAAAGGACAUGACGAUGCUCUUGAGCUCGCCAAAAAGCGAGUGCAAGAAUUGGAGAGCGACAGAGAAAAGCUUGACAGGAGGAAUGAUGCAUUGAAGUCAGAUCUUGACUCGGCAAGAGAGGAAGGUCGACAAAUUCGACACGAGAUGGAGAAGCAAAAGUGGGAGUUCGAACGACAAGUAGACGACCAGGAACGAAAGAACCGAGAAAAGGUUGACGAUAUGUCAAGACAACACCGAGCAGCAGUCGACGAACUCAGGAGGGAACUAGAACGACUAAAGGAUCAAGAGACAAAAGAUCACGAGCAAAAGGUGGAAACCUUGACCAGACUUUACCACCAGGAAUUGGCAGAAGAACGACAGAAGAAAGACCGCGAGAUCCAAGAACUACGAACUCGAAUGGGCAACGAGCAUCAAGACAUGGGCGUCGCUAUCCAGAGGAAGGACCGUGAACUCCAAGAAGCCAAUUCUUUAGUGGAAAGUCUUCGUGGAGAUCUCGAACGGGAACGCACCUUGAAGGGUAGCCUCCAAACCAACAUUGCCGAACUAUCAGCAGCCAACACAACCCUGGAGGCCAAGAUUAACUCGCUCAAGUCACACGUCGAAUUUCUCGAAUCCGACAACAAGGCACAGUCCGACUCAUUUGCCAAUAUGGAAGCACGUCUACAAGAAGCCCUCCGUAUCGCUGAGGAGGCCCAGCAGAAGCUCAUCAAGGAGGAGACUGAGCGCCGAGUACUUUUCAACAAGUACCAAGAGCUCAAGGGCAACAUUCGAGUCAUGUGUCGUGUCCGACCCCCUCUGGGCAACGGCGAGGGAGAGGCAGCCCAGAUGUCGUUCCCUGAUGACAAAACCUCGUCUGAGAUCGUUCUGGCUGGUCCUGAAGAGAAGAGCAGCCUGGGACAAAUCACAAGAAAGAACUAUCCGUUCGAGUUCGAUCGUGUGUUCGUCCCCGGUACCCAGAACCAGGAAAUCUUUGGCGAGAUUUCUCAAUUGGUUCAGAGUGCACUUGACGGCUACAAUGUGUGCAUCUUCUGUUACGGUCAAACUGGAUCUGGAAAGACACACACCAUGUCUUCUAGUGAUGGUAUGAUCCCGCGUGCCACUCACAUGAUCUACGACACAAUCACCAAACUCAAGGAGAAGUCCUGGGAGUACACCAUGGAGGGUUCGUUUGUCGAGGUGUACAAUGAGGAGCUCAACGACUUGUUGACACCCAACGAUCGUGCUGCGGCAAGAAGGCUGGAGAUCCGACACGACGAAACUCGCAAGCAAACGACGAUCACAAACUGUAAGUCGGUACGCCUUGACAGCCCAUCCAGCGUGGAGAUGAUGCUGGAGGAGGCGCAGAACAACCGAUCCGUGGCUGCAACAAAGGCCAACGAACGGUCAUCUCGAUCCCACAGUAUCUUUAUCCUCAAGUUGAUCGGAGAAAACGCCGCUACUGGCGAGCGAUGUGAGGGUACUCUCAACCUGGUCGACUUGGCAGGUUCUGAGCGUCUCAAGCACUCACAGGCUGAGGGCGACCGUAUGAAGGAAACCCAGAACAUCAACAAGAGUCUGAGCUGCUUGGGCGACGUCAUUGAGGCUCUUGGUCGCGGAUCGGGCCACGUGCCAUACCGUAACUCCAAGUUGACUCACUUGUUGCAAUACAGCUUGGGCGGCAACAGCAAGACACUGAUGUUUGUCAUGGUAUCGCCGCUCGAGACCCAUCUGAAGGAAACACUGACAAGUCUUCGGUUUGCGACAAAGGUGCACAACACACAUAUUGGUACUGCCAAAGCCACCAAGAAGGUCCGCGAUUCAACAUAG